AAGUUCAUCAUCCAGAAAAAGAUCCAAGGCCUAACAAAAAAGCAAAAAAAUCAGUGGCAGAAGUUCUAAGUACAUUAGAUAAAUUCGUAGCUACUUUGAGAAAAGAAGUGGAUUUACGUUAUAUUUUAACAGCAUACAGUACAUCAUAUCCUUUGCAAUCAGGAUUAUGUAAUUGUUGUGGAUUCCAAUUGAAUAAUGAUGAUGUGGUGUCACUAACUUGUGGCCAUAAUUAUCAUUCAGCUUGUUACAGAAAAGAUAUACUUACGCAAGAUGACUUGAAUGAUGAAAAUAAUGAAGAGAAAGAGAAAGAAUCAGAGGCAGCAGUAAAUGAACAAACUGAUAUAUCUGUUGCAUUAGCAGUGGCAAUUGAUAAUAUAAAUAAUUGGUAA